AUGGGCUGAAGGAGUGCUCCAAACAGACUGUUUUCUAGGGUCUUAUCCAGGUACGACUCCCUUUUUUUUUUUAAUUGUUUGAAAAGCUGUCAUGACAUGUCCUGAAGAAACCUGCAGAAGAAAUGCUGGCCUGGUUCCCACUUGGCCAGGCUCCCAAGUAUGACACUAAAGGUCAGUUGUUCACUCCUGUGAAAUUCCAGUCCUCUUCUGCAUUUGUUUUCCUCCUCUUUCCAGUCCCUUAAUCUGAUAAAUCAUGUGGGGAGAGGCAAGAGAGGGAGUGGGAGGAGUAUGUGAUGUAACCUCCACUCCGGCAAAGUUACGAGUCAACAACACGGUGCCUGCAGCUUACUGUGGUUUUAUGUUUGGUACUGCCGGGAGACCCUGAACUGUGCUUAAGGGUGCUUAAGAGUCGUGAAGAUCCACCACACCUGUGUGAGACCCAGCAGGCAAUGUACACACCUCACUUGCAAAGAAGAAAGGUGAGCAUGGCGUCUGCUUAAUGCUCUUCGAGCUUCUUGUUUUGCUGCCUGCUGCAUGCACUCAGACUGAGAGGAUCAGCAGCUGUAUACUGAGAACACCCCUGAAGCAAGGGAAGCACAAAGCCAGGUGUGCACUGCUGGGGUGAACUUCCAAAUGUCAUUGAACAGAUCUCCCUACUAAAGGAAAGAAGUGAAGAGGAGGACCAUCAUAUUAAAUAUGAGUAUUCUACUUUAAUAUAAUAUGUUAUAGAAUAUAUACAAGAUAAAGUAAAACAAACUUAAUGUUAAACUGGGCCUCUGAAAGACAAAUAAGUAACAUAGCUCAGUUAACAUCUCUGGAGUUGCAGCAGUACUGAAUUAAUCCCAGACUAUGUGCCAGAUUGUGAAUCCCCAAGAAUGUCUGCAGUAGAAUGCAGUUAUGCCACCUGGUGUGUCCCUUUGUGUGAAUGUUGUGCCUACACUGCUUUAAAAAAAAAUAUCACAUGAUUGAUUUCUCAACAUGGUACCCAGAGCUCCUGGCUCUGGUAUUUUGCAUGCAGCUACUCAGAGUAUUUAUAGAGGUGAAACUUCAAUAAAAUAUUGAAAUCUGGAAAUAGAAGUUUAAUAGCUAAUCAUUGUGGUGGGGGAGGGGGAUGGAGGGUGCCUCUUCCCUCCUUUUUUAAAUAUGACUCUAAUCCUGGUCCAAAAUUUCAAUUUCUGCAGAGAGAAAACUAUUUGAUUUUCUUUAGCUGUUGUCCUGAGCCUUUAUCUAAGGAGCCUCCAUAUUCAGGACUCAGUUAAAGCUAGGAUAAGUGGGGUUAACCUGAUCCUAGGGAUGCUCAUUUUAAUUUCUUUCCAGAACUUGUGAUGGCUUCAGCUUGGCAGAAAACUCAGGAAUUCUACAACUGGGUCCUUGAAAGUGGAGAUCCAAGGACAGACCUGUGGCCCCUGGUCCACUCUCCACUUCCAGUCAUGCUUCUCUUUGCUGUCUACCUCUUUGUCGUGGCACUGGGGCCCUUCUACAUGCGUAAGCGGGAAAUGCUGAAGCUGCGAGGUCUGCUGAUUGCUUAUAAUCUUGCCAUGAUGACAUUAUCAAGCUACAUGUUUUAUGAGUUUCUGGUAACUUCAGUCUUGGACAACUACAGCUACCUGUGCCAGCCAGUGGAUUACAGCAGAAGUGAACUAGGAAUGAGGAUGGCAAGUGUGUGUUGGUGGUUCUUCUUCUCCAAAGUCAUCGAGCUGCUUGAUACGGUUUUCUUUAUCCUGCGCAAGAAACAAGAACAGGUGACUUUUCUGCAUGUGUACCAUCAUGGGACUAUGCUGUUCAACUGGUGGUCAGGGGUCAAGUAUGUGCCUGGAGGACAAGCAUUCUUUAUUGGGAUGCUAAACUCCUUUGUACACAUCUUCAUGUACGGCUAUUAUGCCUUGGCCAUCCUGGGACCACAGAUGCACCGUUACCUAUGGUGGAAGCGUUACCUAACCAUCAUGCAGCUGUGCCAGUUUGUAGCCAUUGCUGCUCAUUCUUCUUACAACCUCUUCACAGAAUGCCCGUUCCCUGAUGGCUUCAACACUGCAGUCUUCCUCUACAGUCUCAGCCUUAUUGCUCUCUUCCUACACUUCUACUAUCGGACCUACACUAGGGGAAAGCAGAAGCUAACUUAAAGAAAAUUGAAGAGGAGAGUAAGCACAGUCUGAUGAACUUGCACAUUCUCUGCUGCUUCUAACAUGAUUGCAUGAAGAAAAUAUAUUUGGGGAGUGUGUGCGAGGCUAAUGUGUGCAGGCUCAUGGUUACCUUCAAAUCUCUCAAGUCAGGAAGAAAACAGGAAUGACAAACUCAGGGAUUAAAGUAAUGAGGAGCACACUUAAUUGAAACUGAUGCAAAGCCAAGCCAAGUAGUCAUCAGCACAUCAGCUUUUGUGAAUUAGCACCAGAAGAUAUCCUCCUUCCCACCCAACUGUUAGCUGUUUGCAAGGUCUAGCAUCCAACCAUGACUCCUUGGCUCAUUUCUUAGGCUAUAGAGGGUUUCUUUGCAUUCAUAAGACUAUCUUAGCUUACCAUACUAGAUGAGGCAGAGUCAGGUGCCUCCAGCCUUCAAAGCAGUGUCCAGGCAACAGCAGCAGCCAGGAACUCACUGGGACUGCAGGAUGCACUCACGUGUACACUGCAUCCCAGCCUUUCCUAUUAAGGAAGCUCCCACUAGGACUGGGGUGAAUCACAGCUAUAUGGCCCUGAUGCCAUUCUUAAACCAUUGUCCAACUCAACAGGUGCAUCUGUUCUUUUGCUGCUCUGAAGCUAAAGAAGGCAUUAUUAGCACUUUCAUCCUAAGUAAGAAAUCAAUGCGGUAAGAAUCAUCAUGUACCAUUUUCUGGAGUGCUUAUUUGACUUUGGUUGCUCUCAUAAACAUGGAGAACUUUUAAUGCAUGAAAACUGCUUGGCAUUGCUCCUUAGAGGCGCCAUAUUUUUUAACAGACAGAAGAGAUUGAGGUUCCCUAUUAAUUUUUUUUUCCUCCAAAUUUUUGUUAUUAUUAUAAUUUAAAAAUUUUGCUUCUUAUCAAAAGUAAUAAGUUUUACACCACUGUAAGCAACUAUCUCCACUACCAAUUUUUAAAUUAACACAAGAUGUAUAAAGUCUAUUCAUUGGCUAGUGCAAAGCUGCAUAGCUCCAUUGACUUUAUCAUGUUGCUUAUUGGCUCUUUUUUUGAUACUAAAUUGAUUACAACUAGAAUUCGGCACUUUUAUUCAUGUGCAGGCAGUUAAAUACUGUUAAAGUUUUCAUCUGGUAGUGCUUUGAAAAAUCCUAAAUUCAGAUUUUAAACUACAAAGUUGUAUUUUUUUUUAUUGCAUCCUGCUUUGUUGAUUAAAACAAGUAUUAUGGAGUAGUGUCUUUUUCACAGUUGAAACACAAAGCUUUUGAAGGAGAGGGUUACUAUUAGUAACAUGGUGCAUUGCCAUUGCUAAGCCAAAUUCAGCUCAAAUGUAGAGAAGUCUAACUAUUCUGGGGAUGUCCAGAGGAUUAGAUGCUAGCCUGAACCUAGCAAAUGGGUGUACACAAAAAAAUUGUAUGCUGUACAUCGACUUGGAGUUUAGUGGCUAUGCAAAAUAAAUACAACUUGUUCAUCACUGGUUUGUGUUCUGAUGCCAAAACUUUACUUUAGCUACUACAUGCACGUGACUAAGCUAAAACAGUAUUCUUCCCUUCCUUGCCCUCCUCCCCUUCACAUACAUACACAAAGGAUUUGUUUACAUUACCACAAUGGUAUAUUAUAAAUGUCAUUCCAUUGAUUUGAAUGGUCUUCUGGUUUUCUCUGGUGAGUAUGAAAAGCAAAGCAGGGCUCAUUUUACAUCUAUGUGCUAGCUGGUUUUCUUCCUGUCAAAUACUCUCCACACUACUUACUGUAUAAAUUGUACUGCUUUUGCUUAAUAGAAUGUUACUUUUGUUAGAGCUUUAAAUAAUAAACCUCCGCAUGGGUCCUCCAUUCUUCCCUUUGCUUGGUAAGGUAGGAAAAAAAUUUGCUGUCUGUCUAACAUAUUUUAUUCAUGUUGAGAAUGUCCCCAGACGCCUUUCCAGCAUCGAAGACUUACUGCAAGUACAGCUGUUUCAUUACUCCUAUCCACUUAAAGAUUCACCUAUGGCCCUAUCCUGCUUAAACCAUCAGUACAUUUGGCCCCAUAGUUUCAUGGCAGAGCAUACCUUCCUGCAGCUGCUUACAAAGAAAUCCAAGGAAUUUAGCUCUUUUUCCUAUAUGUGAGGGAUUGUGAGCAGGUGUCAACCGUGUCAACCUCAGUUCCCCCUCACAUAAGUUUUUUCAGGUUGUAGUCACUAAUUUCAAGGGUUUUACUAAUCAUUUCAUAUCAGAGUAAGCACCAAAUAUUUUGAUUUUCCUUGAUUCGUUAAUAAUUAAUGACUGUUUAAAAAUUAGAAAUGAGCAAGAAAUUUGGAUGAGAUUACUCAAUGUUUUUGCAAAUCCACUCCUUUUAAAAAUAUAUAAAUUUGUAAACAUGACAUUUAGCUUUUUUUAAGCAGCCUAUGCAGCUUAAUUUGUGUCUGUGUAUGACAGAGUUUACUGCAGUGGAUUCUAGACUGUGACUGGUCACAUAGCUGGUAACAAAAUACAAAAGUGUGAAUUUGUCACCGGACAACCUGUAGUAAGAGACUGAUCACCUAAAUCACACACCACUGUAACUGUUUGUCUUAGACAUGCAACCUUUUGUCUACCUAUUCCUGUCCCUCUUCCUCACAGCCUGAGUGAGUGGCCUGAUCAUGCACUUUUGAAAUGGUAAGAACUUUCUGUCAAUGUGGCUUCAAUCGUCAUAGUCUGAAAACAAAGCAUUUUCAGUUGGGUGAUAAGGAGGGAUCACGUUUGGCCAGAAACCCCAUGCUCUGCAUACAGAAGUGGAUAUUGGUAUGGAGUGCAGCCAUUACAGAAACAUCGAUGCAAACAAAAUUCACUUCUGAGAGUAACUGCACUAGCAGUGAAGGUAAAAUUGCCUGAGUAUAGCUGAGUGGCUCUGCAGGUCUUGAUUCUUUGCUCCUUCAGAUUGCACUCACUUGUCUUCAUCCUUCUGUUUUAAAUUGGGUUGUUACAGUUGGUACUGUCCACUUGGGGCAUCUUGUUGUGACAGGGGAUAAAACCUGAGAGUAGAGAUAUGUGAUUCUAGAAUUUAAAAGCAAAUAAAGGCAUAGAAUGAGAUUUUCUCUUUAAGAUCAAGUCCCUAGAGUUAAAGAUUACACCACAAUAAUACACUGUCAAUCAAAAGGGCUGGAAAUUUUAAAUUGCAAGUUUGGAUGAUGCAUGCUGUCUGGCAGAGUCCAAAGCUUUGAGAGUGAAUUGAAAAUAUCCAGUUGCAGCUGGAUUUAUAAAAACCUCUGGGCCAAAUGCUGAUUCCACCAAUAUCAAUGACAAAGCCUGCAGAUUUCACUGGGAACAAGAUGGCACAGCUGUGUGAAGAGCAAUGCACUCAGCUACAUGGCCUGGUUUGCGUGUGAGCAGACUGGAGUGUCAUUCAAGCUCAACAGAUUACUUUUAAGGGCACAGUUGUGUGCAAGUCUCCCCCUUAUAAAAUGUGGGUCAUUAUAUGUGCUUAGAGUAGCUUACAUUCACAAGAUGUAAAGCAUAAUGUAAAUAGUCUGUUUAAAUUAAUAAACUUGAUAUCUGGUAGUGCUCUGCAUCUUCCCUACUGUUCAAGUCAAUGUAAAUUAUGGAUGUUCUGAUCAAAUUACUUUUGAAUUAACCAGACCAGGUACUCAAUGCCUACUUUCUCUCUGAAGAUAAAUGAGAGGGAUUCUCAUUUUAAUCAAAACAAAAUACAG